AUGACAGAAGAAUGGGAAAAAAAUGUUUCACAUGUUCAAUAUUUUCAUCAAUGUCAAGUAUCAUCAUGUAUCUAUUCAUUCAGUGCUAAAUUCAAUAUGAUAUACAUAGCGACAACAUUGAUCGGUUUGGUCGGUGGACUGAUAAAAAUUCUUCGUAUUCUUAUUCCUCGUAUUGUUAAGUUUAUUCGACGUCGAUUCGCACCGCCACCAACAGUAGUGAAUGAACCUAAUAUGGUUCGUCGUUCUUUAAUGGAAUAUCUUCGUACUUUCAACUACUUUUCAAAACCAUUAUCCGCACCAAAUGAGACAGAAAUCAAACAACAAAUAAUAAGCACUAGACUUUAUUGUUUACUGCUUGCAAUAUCAUUUAUAGUUUUAAUUACAUACUAUAGCAUGGAACGUGUUAUGACGUCUCAUCAAAUCAAAUCUCCGACAUUUGAACAAUUUAUUCAAUUGCAAAUCGAACAAUAUUCUAAUCCUUCUUUUUCUUGUCCUUGUUCAACAUUAGCGAUUGCUCAUGAAAAGUUCAUUCAAAUUAAAUAUGAUCUUCAUCCAUUUUGUUGGUCAGAAUUUAUUUCGAAAGGAUGGUACUUUUAUGAUGAUAUCAAUUGGUACAAUGAAAAUUAUUAUACCUAUGAUUUUCGUAUUCUUAAACGAUUAUUCUUUGCUUCUCUUUAUUCAUUUUGUGGAGUAUCCUACGAUCACAUUCAAUUGAGUCUCAUUGCAUUUAAUUCAUCAUUAUUUGUAGCUAAUAAAGCACUUGCUCCUCAAAUAUUUGUCACAGAAAUGGAUAAAUUUGUUGGACCUUUAAACAAUCGUGAUUUUCGUAUAGUAGGCGAUGCUAUUUUUCAAACUAUUGCAUCAUUUUGUCAGGUAUCAUUGGCAGCUAUCAAUGAUGGACUUUUGGAAUUCGAUCAAACAUCUUUUAUUACUGUUCAAACAAGUCCAAAAGAUCAUCUUGUUGAACAAACUCAAGCUCUUAUUGAUCUAUUUAUUUCUACAAGUGAGAAUGAAUUCAUUAGCUCACUUCAAAUUAUUCGUGAUACAACACACGCAAAUGUUCUUCUAUCGGGCUUUGAAACAACAAUGUCAACAGAGUUUCGCAUACCUGAUGGAUGGAGCAAUUACAUAGGUAUAAUACCUAAGACAUACAAUAUGACAUCAUCUUGCUCAUGUUAUAAUGAUCCAACAUGUAUCGAACCAAUCGGUCUCUAUACGCUCUCUCCGAAUAAUACACUUAUUUAUUUAAUUCCAGGAUUUUUUAUCGGUUGCUACAUAGUCGAAGCAACUCUCAAAUCAAAUCUUGCUUCGUUGUACAAUCAAACUUGGAUUGAUGAAUUUCGUGCAAGGAUUCUAUAUGAUUAUUUCAAUUCUAUUCCUUUUAUUACAAAAGCUUUGAAUGCUUCUUAUAACAGUCAAUUCAAUCUCACAACGCCAAUUUAUAUCAUAUUGCAAAAGAUGAUGAUUGAAUCAUGGCACACUCAAAUUAAUUAUUCGGCUUAUUAUGAACAAUGCCAUCCUAUUGAAUGUCAGUAUUCAUACAUUGUCAAGUCUGAUGUUCUUUAUAUGGUCACUACAAUCAUCGGAUUAAUUGGUGGUCUCGUCACUAUUCUUCAACUCGUCAUUCCGCGUGCGGUCAAGCUGAUUCGACGUCAUGCAUUCAAUCGACGUCAACAUACGGCAGUUCAAGUGAUACCAAUAUCAUAA